UUACUGGGUCGCUACCUUAUAUCUAGUCCUGGGGGUUGGAUUCUGUUGUUCUUUCUGGGAUUUAUUGGGUUUAGCGUAUCUGGGGUUGCUUAUUGCGUGUGGAGUUGAACUUUAAUGAGGGUUAACGGGAGUUGGACUGUGUAACUGAUUGUUACUAUUAUUGAUAGUAGUACAUUACCUAGGAGUAGAGAGAGUGGACGAUGGCUCGGUUGGUUAUGCCCUACAAGGUUUCAACUUUGUCGAAGACGUGUCUCUUGGGUUUGAUCUCCUCUGCUCCUUUCCAGUCUUGUCGUGUUCGUUCAGUUGGGCACUCAGCAAGGAGUAUCUGUAGGCACAGACAAUCCUUUACUUCUGAGGUUACAGAUUGGAGGAAGUAUCGUUUUCCAAGCGUUUCAUUUCCUCAGAAAAGAAUAAACAACCGGAGGCUAAUCUGUGCCAUUGCCACUGAACCAUUACCAAAGCAAGCUGAAGAAUCGAAGAUGGAGGCACCAAAAGAAAUCUUUCUCAAGGAUUACAAGCAGCCUGAUUACUACUUUGAUACGGUGGAUUUGAAAUUUUCACUAGGUGAGGAGAAAACAAUUGUCUCUUCUAAAAUUGCUGUCUACCCCAGAGUUGAAGGUGGUAGUUCACCGCCACUCAUUUUGAAUGGGGCUGAUCUGAAGCUGCUUUCGAUACUGGUUAAUGGCAAUGCACUGAAGGAGGAAGAUUUUCAUUUGGACUCAAAGCACUUGACUAUUACUUCACCUCCAAGUGGCAAGUUUACCUUGGAAAUUGUAACAGAAAUAUAUCCACAGAAGAACACAUCCUUAGAGGGGCUUUACAAGUCAUCUGGUAACUUCUGUACACAAUGUGAAGCUGAAGGUUUCCGUAAAAUUACGUUCUGUCAGGACCGUCCUGAUAUUAUGGCGAAGUACACUUGUCGCAUUGAAGGAGACAAAUCCUUGUACCCUGUGUUGUUGUCCAAUGGAAACCUCAUUGAGCAAGGAGAUCUGGAGGGGGGACAACACUAUGCCAUUUGGGAGGAUCCUUUCAAGAAACCUAGUUAUCUGUUUGCAUUGGUUGCUGGACAGUUGGCCAGCAGAGAUGACAUAUUUAUAACACGUUCUGGCCGAAAGGUCUCCCUUCGAAUCUGGACCCCUGCACAGGAUCUGCCCAAGACAGCGCAUGCUAUGUAUUCACUUAAAGCAGCCAUGAAGUGGGAUGAAGAUGUGUUUGGUCUUGAGUAUGACCUGGAUCUUUUUAAUAUUGUUGCUGUGCCAGAUUUCAACAUGGGAGCAAUGGAAAACAAGAGUCUGAAUAUAUUCAAUUCCAAACUUGUCUUGGCUUCUCCUGAAACUGCAACUGAUGGAGAUUAUGCUGCAAUUUUGGGGGUGAUUGGACAUGAGUAUUUCCACAACUGGACUGGGAACAGAGUGACAUGUCGUGACUGGUUCCAGCUUAGUUUAAAGGAAGGUCUCACAGUUUUCCGUGAUCAGGAAUUUUCAUCUGAUCUGGGAAGUCGUACUGUGAAGAGGAUAGCUGAUGUUUCAAAGCUUAGAAUGUAUCAAUAUCCUCAGGAUGCUAGUCCCAUGGCUCAUCCUGUGCGACCUCACUCUUACAUCAAGAUGGAUAACUUCUACACUGUAACGGUCUAUGAAAAGGGAGCUGAAGUUGUCAGGAUGUACAAAACAUUGCUGGGAACUGAAGGGUUCAGAAAAGGCAUGGAUUUAUAUUUUAAGAGGCAUGAUGGGCAAGCUGUGACCUGUGAAGACUUUUUUGCUGCGAUGCGAGAUGCAAAUAAUGCAGAUUUUGCUAACUUUUUAUCAUGGUACUCUCAAGCUGGAACUCCUCUUGUGGAGGCUACUUCUUCAUAUAAUGCUGAAGCUCGUACUUAUACUCUAAAGUUCAGUCAAGAUGUCCCUCCCACUCCAGGGCAGCCUGUAAAAGAGCCAAUGUUUAUUCCCAUUGCGGUAGGUCUUCUGGACUCAAGUGGUAAGGAAAUACCUUUGUCAUCUGUGUGCCAUGGUGGGAAAUUGGAAAGUAUUGGUGGUGGCCAGCCAGUCUACACUACAGUUCUUCGGCUGACAAAGAAAGAAGAGGAAUUUGUGUUCAAUGACAUAUUUGAGCGGCCAACUCCAUCUAUAUUACGGGGUUUCAGUGCUCCCAUCCGACUUGAAACUGAUCUCACUGAUGAAGAUCUAUUUUUCCUUCUUGCUCAUGAUUCUGAUGAGUUCAACCGAUGGGAAGCUGGGCAGGUGUUAGCGAGGGAACUUAUGCUCAACCUUGUAGCUGAUUUCCAGCAAAACAAGCCCUUGGUUCUUAAUCCACAAUUCCUGCAGGGAAUAAAAAGCAUCCUUAACGAUUCAAGUUUGGAUAAGGAAUUCAUUGCAAAGGCAAUAACUUUGCCCGGGGAAGGAGAGAUCAUGGACAUGAUGGCUGUUGCUGACCCUGAUGCCGUUCAUGCUGUUAGAACCUUCCUCAGAAAGCAACUUGCGUCUGAGUUGAAGGCAGACCUUCUCAGAACGGUCUAUGAGAAUAAGAGCUCUGAACCAUAUGAGUUUAAUCAUCACAAUAUGGCGAGGCGUUCUCUAAAAAAUAUUGCUCUUGGAUAUCUUGGGUCACUUGGAGAUCCCGAAAUUACGGAGCUUAUAUUGCAUGAAUAUAAAACUGCAACAAAUAUGACAGAGCAAUUUGCUGCUCUGGUAGCUAUUGACCAGCAGCCUGGCGAAACACGUGAUGAUGUUUUGGCUGAUUUCUACGUGAAGUGGCAGCACGACUUCUUGGUGGUAAAUAAAUGGUUUAGCCUCCAAGGUGUGUCAGCCAUUCCCGGGAAUGUUGAAAAUAUCAAUAAACUUUUGAACCACCCGGCCUUCGACCUUCGCAAUCCGAACAAGGUGUAUGCGUUGAUUGGGGGAUUUUGCGGGUGCCCUAUUAACUUCCAUGCGAAGGAUGGGUCGGGCUACAAAUUCUUAGGAGAACUUGUUGUACAACUUGACAAACUAAACCCCCAGGUGGCUUCUCGUAUGGUAUCCGCCUUCUCUAGGUGGAAGCGUUAUGAUGAAACCAGGCAAGCUCUUGCCAAGGCGCAGUUGGAGAUGAUCUUGUCCACCGAGGGGCUCUCCGAGAACGUGUUUGAAAUCGCAUCCAAGAGCUUGGCUGCUUGAUUAAUGAUUGUUUUCUCUAAGAACUGAAACUUAAACAUGCCUUGUUAUAACCCCUGCUAAAUCAUGUGGAAACAUUUCAAGCUCUCGAAAAACUGGUGAAUAGUUUAUAAUGAUGAAUUUUAUGGGAUUCAAACAGCAAUUUUAUUUUCAUAAAUUAUUUCCUUGUUUUGAUAGUGUU